UUUGAUCAAUGUAAUGUGUGUUCGACCUUACGUCUCAUCACAACGUGAGGUCGGGCUGCCGAACCCAGUCCAGUGGAGAGUGAGAGCGGCUGCAAGGGACACCCAGGGAGAACGGAAAUGGGUGCCAGACCCUGAGAAGGGCCAGGCUUUGAGACGAGGACAAAAAAUGGUUGAGUUGAACCAGUUAGAUGUGUCCUCAUUCCUGGAUCAGGUCACAGGCUUCCUGUCAGAGCAUGGGCAGCUGGACGGGCAAUCCAGUCAACCUCCUGCCAAACGUGCUCGUUCUGAGAGUUUAAUAGAUGCCAGUGAAGACAGUCAGUUAGAGGCAGCUAUCCGGGCAUCUCUUCAAGAAACACACUACGAGUCUUCCCAGGACAAGGCUGAGUCACGCUCUGAUGAUGAUUCAGAUGCAGAGCCUUUCUCUGAUAGCGAAGGUCUAAUCUCAGUAGAUGGCUCGGGAGGGGAGGAAUCUUUAGAUGGACAGGUCUCCAAAGAUGUUGCUCCUCCCAUAGCCCAACCCAUUAGAGCAGACAGUCCUCCCCAUCACAGGAAGUCCCUGCACAAAGAGUUGGGCUGCAGGAAAGAGGAGAGCAAAAAGAACCACAUAGAGCCGGCGGGACAUAGCCACAGACAGUCAGGACAAACAGAGUCCCAGCAUCAGCUUGUAGAGAACCACAGAUCCAUAUCACACCAGCCCUCAGAGCCUGCUGGCACCAGCACAGCAGAACCAGAUGACAAUGGUCCAAAAGCCCGCUUGAUGCUGCGAUACCCGGAUGGCCAGAGGGAACAGAUAGCACUGUCUGCUAAAGCUAAUCUUAUGGCAUUGGUGAGACAUGUUCAGUCUAAAGGGUUCCCCAAUGAGCGCUUUGAACUUGUCACCAACUUUCCCCGUUGAAGACUUACUCACUUGGACUAUGACAUCACAUUGCAAGAAGCAGGACUAUGUCCGCAGGAGACUGUGUUUGUCCAAGAGAGGAAUUAGCCCCUCCCCUUUUAUAUAAACCACACCCCUCCUAUCCUGUCACUUGUGCCUUAGAAAGACUGAAUUGACUGUGCCCUGUUACCACUUUUUUUUAAUAAGUUCUGGUUACAUGGAACAGUUUGUAGUUCAUAGGGCCACCCCAAGCUCCAUUUAUAUACAUAUUUAUUUUACAAAGAAAUCGGCACAUCCCAUCCUGUUUGGGUCUAACUCUUUAUUUCAUUGUCACACUCACAUUGAAAGAGCUAACGUUUAGAAAAGAUGUAGAAUAGAAAUACUCAAAAGGUUUCUGAUGGUUUAUAGGUUUGUAAGGAAUGCUAUUCUGAUGGCUUAUCAUGUUUAUGCAAAGUUUCUUUGUUCCAAAAUUGCUGAAGUUCCUGUUAACAGAUUCAGCUAAGCAAAGGGGUCCUAUUGUUCACAGGCUCGGGGGAUGAACGGGUGGGUGUUCAUUCUUUAGAGGUACACCAUCAAAAAUCUCAACUGCAAUGUGCAGGUAAGGAGUGGAGUGACAUUUAGCUAUAGUAAGUUUCUGUCUCCUUUUUUAUAUACUGCAUCAUUUCCACAAAAACUCAUUCUCAAAUAUAAUCAUUGAAACAAAAGGGACGACUUGCCUACUUGAGUAAUUUACUGAAGUAAUUUUUCUAUGACUUUUUCUCUGUUUUGUGGCUUGGUUAUUGUUAAAAAGCUUGAAACUCAAAUUUAACAUGACUUGAUCAAUAGUGGAAGCAUCUGAAUGUCUUUUAGGUUAAAAAAUUGACCAACUGAGUUUCACAUGGCUUGAAAAAUGAUUUUCCAGGGUAGUACAUAGUUUGCCUUUGAAAUGAAGUUUAAAUAAUUUUAUGCUCAAACACAACAAAGACUUAUAUCAUAAGAUGUUUGUUAGACAUCACUCUUCUCUCAUCACCCUUCUUGCAAAGAUUGAACUGUAGGAAUGGCCCCUGGGGGGCAGCCACCCCAGCAGGUGAAGUAAUAUUCAGAGCUGUAUGCUUUUGUGUGGGUUUUAGAGGUUUAUAAGUGCUUCAUGAAGUGUAAACAAUAUAACAUAACAUAAAAAUAGUUCAUGAUGCCACAGAAACACCUUUGGUUUCUUGGGUCUACCAACAGGACUAUAUUAUGUGGUAAAGCUCUUAUUUUGCUCUUUGCUCUGUGAUCUCUGUGACUUUCUGCUUAUCACAUCAGUUGGGGAAAAUUGUAACCUUUAACUGCUUAUACAACCAGGUUAUUGAACCCUUGUACAUGGGUUUGCACCUUGACACAUCAAUUUAGUCAAUAGAGAAAUGGCAUGUAAUCCAGAAUAUAAAAUAGCUUUUUCAAAUCU